AUGGAAACGUCUUGCAACUGGAAGCAGAGAAGGGUGUUCUGGAUGACAUUGUGUGCCAUGGAUACUCAUCCUGCAAAGAGCUCCCAUCCUGCUGUCAUGUCUGAGAAACGAGGAAGAGCUUCUUGCCCACAGGACACACCUCAACAGAUGACAUUGUGUGAUAUGGAUACUCAUCCUGCAAAGAGCUCCCAUCCUGCUGUCAUGUCUGAGAAACAGAUGGAAGAAGCUUCUUGCCCACAGGACACACCUCAACAGAUGACAUUGUGUGAUAUGGAUACUCAUCCUGCAAAGAGCUCCCAUCCUGCUGUCAUGUCUGAGAAACAGAUGGAAGAAGCUUCUUGCCCACAGGACACACCUCAACAGAUGACAUUGUGUGAUAUGGAUCCUCAUCCUGCAAGGAGCUCCCAUCCUGCUGUCAUGUCUGAGAAACAGAUGGAAGAAGCUUCUUGCCCACAGGACACACCUCAACAGAUGACAUUGUGUGAUAUGGAUACUCAUCCUGCAAAGAGCUCCCAUCCUGCUGUCAUGUCUGAGAAACAGAUGGAAGAAGCUUCUUGCCCACAGGACACACCUCAACAGAUGACAUUGUGUGAUAUGGAUACUCAUCCUGCAAAGAGCUCCCAUCCUGCUGUCAUGUCUGAGAAACAGAUGGAAGAAGCUUCUUGCCCACAGGACACACCUCAACAGAUGACAUUGUGUGAUAUGGAUACUCAUCCUGCAAAGAGCUCCCAUCCUGCUGUCAUGUCUGAGAAACAGAUGGAAGAAGCUUCUUGCCACAAGGAACACACCUCAACAGAUGUGUGA